AACACAGCUGCGGAAGCGAAGCCAGUAGAGAUGUCGACGCUACACAAGUCAAACGCCGAGCCACAGACACCUGCCAGCCCAGCUGAAUUCCACGAUGCCUUUCAAUCAAUACCGCCGACCCCAGCCGGCGACUCCGCCCCAGUAUCGGCAACCACAGCACUAGCAGAACAGCCCACACUCAAUCGCCAGGAGACAGAACAUCUAGGCCCAGCCACCGACGCCCCAAUAGUUCACACACAAACCAACUCGGGGCCCGUGUUAAGCAUAUCUCUCAUGCUCACAACCGGCGCACGACACCCUUAUAAAAUCGAUGAGAAGUAUCUCAGAAAUCGGAAAGUGGAGGUCAAGAAGCCGGAAGGAACAUUCGAACCUAGGGAACUGAGUGGAUACCAGUUAAAGGAAUUGAUAUGGACGGAUUGGAGAAGCGAAUGGGAACCUAGACCUGCGAGUCCCAGCUCGAUACGACUUAUUGUUAUGGGGAGAAUGAUUGAGGAUAAGUCCACGCUCAAAGAUUUCCCUUUCAACAUCGCGUCGACGAAUGUGGUUCACAUGACCGUCAAACCUGCAGACUUGAUUGACGACGACGACACAGCUGGUGCCAAAGGUACAGGCAAAGCAGGCGUGACCCGAUCGAGGGACGACGGCGAGGGCGGAGCGGGUUGUAGGUGUGUGAUAUUAUGA